AUGUCGACCUCUCGAUCCAGCUCACGUUCAAGCUCUGCCACUGUGGCUAGUGAACCGCUCCGUACCUUACGAAACCUGUAUCCACAGGCUGCUCGAGCCUUUCUGAAUCGAUCACCGUCGGUACCCAUGUACCUCGAAAAGGCAUUUGUCCUUCUCUCACCAGUCGACGAACAUGAUUCUGCAAGAGAAGGUGCCGCAUUGGUGCAACAGAGGAUCAAGUGGGAUGUGCUGAGGUUGACGUGGGAAGCGAACGUAUAUCCUCUCACGGGAGCAUCGAAUGGAAUCACAGUUGGAAAAGGCAAAGGCAAGGAGAAGGAGAAUGGACAUGCAAUGUCGAAUGGGAAUGGGAUGCCCCAACCUAAUGGGGAGAUGGACCUGCUUGCUCUCCCGCCUGCUGUUCUUCUUCCUGCGAUCCAUGCUCGAUCUCUGGUUCUCUUCACACCUCCAGCACACAAGGCAUCCUCGCUCCAUCUUCCCUCCGAAGUCAUCCUUGCGCUCACUCUCUUUGCUGUCAAGCUCGGGAUGUAUUCAGUGGCGCGGGACUGGGUCGAGCUGUGGUGGCUUGUUAGAGGAUCAGCAGAUGUCGAUGACGACGACGAGAUCAAAGGGAGAAGAAAGAUUAGGGAAUCUAUGGUGCUCAGAGUCUUCCCGGGGAUGAAGGACUGGGAAAGCGCACAUACCUGGGCGACGGGUGAACUGGAAGGAGUUGUGCAGGAGGAACUUCUCACAUCCUUGGAUACACUCAAAGUACAGGCAGCUCAAGAAGAAUUGACACAGUCGCGUCUUGCGGCAUCUGCCUACGGUACUUCCCGCAUCUCCUUACCUCCCAGCCCCGCUCCUACCUCAUCCCGCGGCACGCCUGCACGUUCGCCAUCACGAACUCCACCACCCCGGCCAUCUUCACCAGCAUCUUCCAGUUCAUCCACUGCAACACACAGCACGCAUACAGCAACGCCUGCUACCCCUCGGCCAGCUCGAGCCGGUCUUACGCUUACGCCAACUGGCACCGUUCGCGGAUCCCUUCAGCCAUCAGACACGAACACGGUGGUUCCUUUACCUUUGUCUGCUCCCCCUAUCCCCCAGGCUACACCGCGGCCUCCGAAUCUGUAUCAGGUACUCCUGAAGCAAAUGAAGCAGAGCUUCUCCUCAGUCGGUUGGUUAUUCGUUGUCUUGAUUCCACUCUUGGCCCUUGUGCUCCGACUUAGAGCGACUCGUACUCGAGCUCGAAGAUCUGUGGCAACGGGCGGUCCGAACGUUGCUAGAGGUGCCAUGCAAUGGCUUUGGAAGGCGGUCGUCGAUGCGGUUGACAUGGCUGGGCGUGGUCUGGUGUAGCGUGGCCACGACGGUGAUCAGAUCACAAUAUUUUUGGACUUCUGACGUUCCCCUGCCGUCACCUACCUCGCUUCUGUCAUUUUCUUGUAUCUCUUACGCUGUGUUCCGUCUUUUUCA